AAAAAAUAAUAUUUCCUCUCCCCCCCCUCUCUCUGUCUCUGUCUGUUUCUCUCUCUCUCUCUCUAGGGAUUGAUUAGUUAUAAAGAACCCUCUCUCUAAUUCAACAAACCCUCUCUCGCUCUCUCUCUCAAUUUCUCGCUCUCUCUGACUAGCUAGGGUUUCGGCUCUCACUGGCAACGAAGGACACCAAAGGUACUACAAUUUCUAGGGUUUUUCCUUCUCUCCACGCCCACAAUCAACAACCUUCCUUCAUUUUUUUUCUCUGAUCGUGGAAACCUCAAUUUGAAUUUUCUGCAACACCGCAACAAAUUUCUGCUUCCGAGCUGGAUCGUCGUUCCAGCCAGAAUUUUGUCGUCGAUUACAUUCAGUACAAUGCAAAUGAUGCAGAUAAUGAGCUUGUAAUUCCCGCGAGAGAAUUGCGGGCAUUUGGAUGUUGAAUGAUUGUUUCCAUGGAUUUGAAUGCCUCACCGGUACCUGAAGAAGAUGAAGACACUUUUGGACAGCAUAUAGAAGAAUAUACAGCACCAGAAGAACGUAUAGAGUCUGCAGUUGAUAUAGCACGCCGGGAGCGUGAUGAAAGACGCAAGCGAUUGAAAAGAGAACGUCCAGAUGACAGACCAGCCCAUGUACCUCAACCAGUUGCAUAUGAUCAGUUUUAUUAUACAAAAAACGUUAAAACUUAUGACAAAAGCAGGCUUCCCCCUGGUUGGUUGGAAUGCCCUGCCGCUGGUCAGGAAGUAUGUGGUGUCAUGAUUCCUUCUAAGGUUCCACUUGGUGAAUCCUACAAUGACAAUGUUCCUCCUGGUAAAAGAUACUCAUUUAAGCAAGUGAUUCAUCAACAAAGAGUUUUAGGAAGAAAACUUGGUUUGGUGAUUGAUUUGACAAAUACUGCACGUUACUAUCCAGCAACGGAUUUGAAGAAAGAGGGUAUCAAGCAUGUUAAGAUUCAAUGCAAGGGGCGGGAUUCUGUACCUGACAAUGCAUCUGUAAAUAACUUUGUCUAUGAGGUCUCACAAUUCGUUGCUCGCCAGAAACACUCAAAGAAGUAUAUUCUUGUCCAUUGUACACAUGGGCAUAAUCGCACUGGAUAUAUGAUUGUUCAUUAUAUUAUGCGCUCACUUCAAGCUUCUGUCACCCAGGCAAUCAAAAUGUUUGCUGACGCACGUCCUCCAGGAAUUUACAAACCAGACUAUAUUGAUGCACUGUAUACAUUUUAUCAUGAAAAGAAGCCUGAGAUGGUUGUUUGCCCUUCAACUCCAGAGUGGAAAAGAUCUUCUGAUCUUGAUCUUAAUGGUGAAGCAGUGCCAGAUGAUGAUGAUGAUGGAGUUUCGGCUACUCCCAUGCAUGAGGCCCAUGAGAUAGAUGUAGAGAUGACCAAUGAUGAUGUAUUAGGAGAUGAGAUACCUAGGGACCAGCAAGAUGCAAUGCGUCAUUUCUGCUAUCAAACACUUAGGUUGGGUGUUGGGGCAAGAGGAAACUCACAAUUUCCAGGGUCACACCCAGUUUCUCUUAACAAGGACAAUCUGCAACUGUUAAGGCAACGUUAUUAUUAUGCCACAUGGAAAGCUGACGGGACACGAUAUAUGAUGCUAAUAACUGUGGAUGGAUGUUACUUAAUUGAUAGGAAUUUUAAUUUUCGACGGGUCCAGAUGAGGUUUCCUUGCAGAAACACGACUGAUGGUUUAGCGGACAAGACUCAUCACUAUACGUUACUUGAUGGGGAAAUGAUAAUUGAUAAAAUUCCCGAUACAAAUAAGAAAGAGAGAAGAUAUCUCAUCUAUGAUAUGAUGGCAAUCAAUCAAGUUUCUAUAAUAGAGCGGCCUUUCUAUGAACGUUGGAAGAUGCUUGAGAAAGAAGUGAUUGAACCUCGGAAUUAUGAACGCGUCAAUCUUUACCAAUGUAGGAAUCCUUAUUAUAGAUACGACCUUGAACCUUUUAGGGUGAGGAGGAAAGACUUUUGGUUGCUCUCUACUGUUACCAAGGUGUUAAAGGAGUUCAUUCCAAAGCUUUCACAUGAAUCAGAUGGUCUUAUUUUUCAGGGUUGGGAUGAUCCUUAUAUUCCUCGCACACAUGAAGGCCUCUUGAAGUGGAAAUUUGCUCACAUGAACUCAGUUGACUUUCUCUUCGAGGUGGAUGAUGAUCGUGAGCUUCUUUUUGUGCAUGAACGAGGGAAGAAGAGACUGAUGGAAGGGAGUCGGGUUGCAUUCAAAGAUGGUUCAGAUCCUUCAUUAUAUUCAGGAAAGAUUAUUGAGUGUUCGUGGGAUUCUGAAACUGAGGAAUGGAUCUUUAUGCGAAUCAGAACAGAUAAAUCAACUCCGAAUGAUUUCAAUACUUACAGGAAGGUACUUCGGAGCAUAAGAGACAAUAUCACAGAGGAAAUUUUGUUGAAUGAGAUUCAAGAGAUCCUUCGCCUUCCCAUGUAUGCUGAUAGGAUACGGAAUGAUAGCAAAGCCCACCAUCAAACAAAUCCAGCGCGAAGGAGGUGAUUGGGAAUUGAUGUUCACAAUGCCUUCAAGGUUUACUGGUAAUAGGAGAAGCAGAUACUGAAGUAUGGCUUCGAUGCCUACAUGCACAAGUCAUUGCAAGUUUUAUUGGAGUUCGGUAUGUACUUGGGCAUCAGCAAAUUGGUUCUUGAGAUAUGUAUAAUUAGCUACACUUCACGAUUAUCUUUUAUUGUGUGCUGGGCUGGUGAGUUGUAUGAUCCAGUUGGUACACUUGAUAGUCUUCAACAUCAGGCCUGGAAUUAUUUCUUUCAGUUGUCCGGAUCAGGAGAGUUAGGGAUAGAUUCACCUUGUAUAUUAUUAUCAUAUUCUUGUUAUAUGUAGUGAUUGCUAAGUUUUCACAAGGUAGCCAUUUUUAAUAACCUCAUUUCCUUGAAAAAGAAGAAAUCACUAUAUGUGAAUAUCUCUUUGGGUUAA